AUGUCGACCUCUGUUAAGCAUCGCGAGUUUGUUGGAGAGCCAAUGGGCGACAAAGAAGUGACUUGUAUCGCUGGAAUCGGACCAACAUACGGAACUAAACUCACAGACGCUGGAUUCGAUAAAGCUUACGUGCUCUUCGGACAAUACCUUCUUCUCAAGAAAGACGAAGAUCUCUUCGUUGAAUGGCUCAAAGAGACUGCUGGAGUCACAGCAAAUCAUGCAAAGAGCGCCUUCAACUGUCUGAACGAGUGGGCCGAACAAUUCAUCUAA